UCAACAUUGAAGUCCAGUAACCUUCCUAGUAUCUUUAUACUCUAGAACAAAUCAAAGAUUCAGUAUUUAAUCAAAACAAGAUUCUAACAGAUUUCUCUCUGGAACAAUGCUAUCUCCACACAGGUACCUAGCUAUAUCUCACUCAAUGCUUCAUUCAGUCGAACUUGGUAAUCCAGGUAUUAGCCGCCAUAUCACUACUACCUCUCUGCUUUCUAGAAUCCAUAAGAACAGGACCAAUGGAUAUAUUCGAUCACAUACUUCUUGAUGAAAACAAUGAUGUGUAAGUACAUAUAAGGCAUUAUAAUACGUUCCCCGCGUAGAGUUGAGCUUUUCUAUUGAUGGCCGCUUAAUUUCUUUAUAUUAUCACGGAUCACUACGUCCCGUCUCCCCUAAUGCGGUGUCGCGAUGUUCUUCUUAUAAGUGAGUCUGCAAUUCCUAUGCUGAGCGAUAGCUCUCUGGCCAUCCCACUUUGGCUCGAACACGGAUCAAGAAGUAAACAUGAAGGUACAAUCGAUUAUUCUCGGCCUCUCGGCCCUGGCCUCUGGCCAUACAAUUUUCCAGAAAGUGUCGGUCAAUGGGGUUGACCAAGGACAGCUAAAGGGAGUUCGCGCCCCUGACAGUGACUAUCCUAUCCAAAAUGUCAACGAUGCUGCCUUCGCUUGCAAUAAGGACCUCAAGCACACUGAUAGCACUGUCAUCACCAUUCCAGCUGGAGCAAAGGUUGGCGCCUGGUGGGGACAUGUCAUUGGAGGUGCUCAGAGCGCGAACGAUGCCGACAACCCAAUUGCAAAGAGUCAUAAAGGCCCGAUCUCGGUGUAUUUAGCUAAAGUGGACAACGCCGCCACCGCCCAACCGACCGGCCUCAAGUGGUUCAAAGUUGCCGAGGAUGGUCUGAGUAACGGACAGUGGGCGGUCGACAAGAUGAUUUCUAACAACGGCUGGCAUUACUUCACCAUGCCUACAUGCAUUGCGCCCGGCGACUAUCUUAUGCGAGUGGAGCUCAUCGCUCUCCAUGGCGCCCAAAUGCAAGGACAAGCACAGUUUUACAUGGAAUGUGCACAGAUUCGGAUUACCGGCUCUGGAACCAAUGCUGGCUCAAAUUUCGUUAGCUUUCCCGGCGCUUACAAGGCUAGCGAUCCUGGCAUCCAAGUCAACAUCUAUGACAACAGCGGAAACCCAUACAUGGGUGGUCAAUCGUACAAGAUUCCUGGUCCGUCUGUACUCACUUGCUAGCUUGGAGAUAGUGUAUAGUCUAUGGUUUGGCGAUGCUUGAUAAUAGCACAAUCCCCGAACCCGAGGCAUCUGGAUCUUAUGUUUAGAGCCUCAUGUUUUAGUCUAAAGAGAUAUUCGCACGCUAUGUCCGAGUGCCCAGUAGGGAUCGUAAAGACAUAUGUUAAUAAAAACUAUAUCUAGCUCGAGAAUUAUUAUAUCUGUCAGAUCCAAAUGAAGACUUCUACCC